CAUCAAACCUGGGCCGAGCAAGUCACCUACGAAAUCUCUCCGAGGACGAACGCCGCGGAGCUUACGAGAUGCUUCUCGCACGCAUGCACCACGACCAGCUACCAUAUGGUGCAGUAUCUGAUGUGGCUCGGCACUUUCAGUGCCACAGGGUUACCAUAUCGCGACUCUGGAAACGUGGACGACUCUCUCUCCUCCACGGCGCUCCGAUGGCGGACAUCGCUGCCAAAAUUCGAGGCAAUUCUGGGUCGAAAGCUCGGCGAUCCGCCGAAGUAA